AAAUAUGAAUUUAUUGUAAUUGAUUUUGCAUAUUUUAAAUCAGUUAAUGUUUACGAACAAAAAAUAGAAAAUGAUCCAGUUCUUCAAGAAACUGAUGAAGAUUUACGAAAUAAUUAUUCAGACAUAAUUUCAAGGUUUUACUUGGCAUUUGAGAGCAUACACAAAUAUGUUACUGAUUUAAAUACAUAUGUAGACGAAUUAGGAGAUGGAAUUUAUAUUCAUCAAUCUAUAGAUUCAAUUAUGUUAAAUGAGGAAGGACGACAAUUAAUGUGCGAAGCGGUAUACUUAUAUGGAGUUAUGCUACUUUUGGUGGAUUAUCAUUUUGAGGGAUGCAUAAGGGAAAGAUUGCUAGUAUCUUAUUACCGCUAUAAUGCUCAACGUUCAUCUUCUACAAGAGUAGAUGACAUAUGUAUGUUACUUCGUUCAACAGGAUUUUCUAGAACUUCCAAUAAGAGACCUGCAAAUUAUCCUGAGGAAUAUUUUAAGAGAAUACAGUUAAAUGAAUCUCUAAUAGAACAUCUUAUUGGACGUUUACGUUCAGAUGAAAUAUACAAUCAGAGUCUUGCUUUUCCACAUCCAGAACAUCGUAGUAUUGCCCUUUCUAAUCAAGCAUCGAUGCUGGUUGUAAUUUUAUCAUUUAAGUCAAGCAUGUUACAUACGCAUACAGCUAUUAUGAGAGAAAUAGUAGAUAGAUUUUUCCCUGAUAAUUGGGUCAUCAGUAUCUAUAUGGGAAUAGUAAUAAAUUUAUGUGAUUGGUGGUCACCAUAUAAAGCUGCAAGAACAGCUCUCAAUAAUACGCUUGAAUCUUCAAAUGUGAAAAUAAUUGCGCAAAAAUAUGGUCAAAAAAUGAAGAAAUUGAUGUCAGAAACAGAAGAAGUGCAAUUAGCAGUCACUUUAGAUGAUAGUGCAAUAGGAUUGCUGGUAAAAUUAGUGAAAGAAUGUAAUGUAACUUUACAUUGGAUACUUUUACAUACGGCAAUGCCAACUAUAUUGCUAGAGGAUUCAAAACGUUCACGUAUGCUUAGACAGUUAGUAAUAAAUGAAAGUAAAUAUACAACAGUUGAUUGCCUCCAAUUGUUGCUAAGUACUGCACAGAUUGAACAAGAUGUCAAACAAUUAUAUAAAGAUUUGUUAUUUGGUAAAGAAACUAAAUGGCUCAGAGAUAAAGGGAUAUGUGUUGAGAAAAUAACAGACCUUGCUCAAAUAUUCGGAGGUAACAAAUCUCUCGAUGGUAUUGAGAAAAAUCAAAAUCUGCACGCAUGGUUUAUGGAAAUUAGUAAACAUAUUGAAUCAUUGCAACAAGAGGAUAGCAGAAAAAUAGUGCAGUUGUUGCUAGCGUUAGAAGAAGUACAAGAAUUUCAUCAGUUGGAAAACAAUUUGCAUAUAUCUCAGUAUUUAGUCGAUACACGUGAAAUAUUGCAUAACAUGGUACGCACAGGAAGUAUUACGGAAGACACUAUGAUUAGUUUAAAUAUAGUAACAGAUUGUUGCUAUGCAUGGAACAUAAUGGAAUCUUUUAUCGAAACAAUGCAAGCCAGCAUAAAAGAAAGUCCCCCUACUGUAAUAAAAUUAAAAGCACUCUUUUUAAAAAUGGCUUCUGCAUUGGAAACUCCUUUAUUGAGAGUAAAUCAGGCACGUAGUGCAGAUUUAUCAUCAGUAUCCCAAUACUAUAGUAGAGAACUAGAAAAGUACGCGAGACGCGUUUUACAGAUAAUACCCGAGACCGUGUUUGGUUUACUUGCUCAAAUUGUACACCUUGAAACAAACGCUUUUAAGGAAAUUCCGACUAAAUUGCCAAAAGAUAAAUUGAAAGAGUAUGCACAAUUAGACGAUAGACUGAAAAUGGCUAAAUUAACGUAUGCUGUAUCAGUAUUUACAAAAGGUGUAUUAUCUUUAAGAAGUGUUCCCUUGGGAGUAUUGAGAGUUGAUUCCCAUCGCCUUUUAGAAGAUGGUAUACGGCAAGAAUUGGUUAAAAAAGUUACAAUAGCCUUGGAUAAUGGCCUUGUUUUCGAGCCAAAGUCGAAAACAUCGAUACUACAAAAACUUGAUAAUUUAGCGGCGAUUAUGGAUGGUUAUCGUAAAUCAUUUCAAUACAUUCAAGAUUAUAUAAAUAUUAAUAGCCUGAAAAUAUGGCAUGAAGAAAUAACAUAUAUUAUAAACAAUGCGGUAGAAGAGGAAUGUGUAGGUUCUUCUUGGACUCCAGAAAGGUCAUCUAGAUAUUAUCACGAAGAUAAACAUAUUUCUGUAUUGGACAAUAAUUCUGUAACUUUUAUUGGCAGACUUGCUCGCGAACUUGUUCGUAUAACUGAUCCUAGAACAACCGUCUACAUUGAACAUUCUCUUGCAUGGUACGAUCUCAAAACACAAGCAGAAGUUCUAAAUUAUAAGAUUUUUUCAAAAAUACUAGAAGCAAUAGGUACACCUGGCUUAACAGGUCUCGAUAAACUUAUUUCAUUCUAUAUCACCACUGAGUUGGAUAGUAUGAUGAGUUACAUAGAAAGGAACCUUCGCAAUAAAACCUGGGCAUCUGUAUUAGAUCAUUUUGAGCCAAUUUUAAAUUCUGUGGAUAUACCUCGAGGUAAUACGCCGAAGCUUUAUACCGUAGUAGCUACUUAUACAAACAAAUUCUGUCCUCAAUUGCUCGAGUGGGUAUUAAAAAUUGGACAUUAUCAACUUCUGAAAAAGAAAAUAGCAUAUGAAUUAAAUACUGCUUGCAAAUUCGAAGCUAAACAUAUGGAAGCCGCUCUCCAAACUGUGAAUUCAGCUAUUUUAUUUGAAAUUGGCAAAGGAAAUGAUAGUAAUCAAAACGAAGCUAAAAGAAACGAAUUCCUACGGGAACUUAACGUGAGAUUAGAUUGGGCCGGCAUAAGUAACUCUCAUAAUAAUGUUUAUAUUAAAUCACCAAACAUAAAUAAUAUUGCAUUGAUUAUGUUUUUACUUACUAUGUCACAGUUACCUAAGGUGUACUAUUGCAAAAAUGCAGGAAGUCUUUUGAGUAAAAAGCCUCAAGAUCCUCUUGACGCUAUAAUAUUUACAAUUGGAGUACAAACUAUUUUACGUCAGUGUACCUUUUCCGCAAUGACUUGUUACGUUAAAUAUCUUUGCGCAUACGUUUCCUCGUGUGUUACACCAGAAAGCGUAAAAGCAGGAAGUGAUGGAAAUUCCGAGGGGACAAAUACUUUAUAUAUUUUGGAGCUGUUUACAAAAUAUUCUGGCUUACUGCGGUCAUUUAUCCUUAAAGAAAUUCCAGUAAUUAUCGUCGAUCAUUUCCAGAUGAAGAUUCCUAAUAAAUAGUAUUAAGCUUCGAGUGUAAUAUAAGCCUUUGUAUAAAAUCAAUCUAUACUAUAUUAUAGUACACAUAAAGGAAUGCAUAUCUAUUUUGUACAUAUGUUCACAUAUAAAUAUGUAUUUUGUACAUAUAUGUAUUGCAAUUGUAUGAGUUAUUGUUAAACA